UGCUGCCCUCUUCAGGUUGAACGGUGGCUACUGCAGUUGAAUUUUCCUAUUGGCUGUUUCGGUACUUCGUGACGCAAGCGGUGACAGCUGACGUAAGCAGGAUCCAGCUCACCACGCCCUUGGUACGAGCUACCACGACCAUGGCAGUAUAUAAACCAUCUCGUUUCGUCAAAACCACUGUAGCGAGUCAGGAGUUGGAAUUGCGAGUAUUGAAAACGAUCAGGAUAGAGUAUUUUAGCAUCUAUUUAGCAUAGCAUUUAUAUAGUUAUUUAGAUUAUUUUGUGUAGCCUAGGUAGUUAAUUAGCAUAUUUGUUAGUGUAGUAUUGUUAGAAGCAUAGUUAGUUAGUAGCAUAGUAUUGUGUCAGUUAGGAUAGCUUCAAGUUAGCGUAGAUUAUCUGUAUUUAGAACAGUGGUCAGGAUGGUACGUAGUUGUAGUGUUGCUGGUUGCAACAGCACUGCUGGACUGUAUUGCUUUCCAGCAGACUUGGAAAUUAGGCGCCAGUGGUUGCAUGUCCUUGGGCUGGAAGACCGCGAGUUCCCGCCUAGAGCUGUAGGAGUGUGCAAACUGCAUUUUACGCGGGAUUGCUUCAACGCAAUGGAGGUGGAAAUGGGCUUCUCCAAACAGCUCGCGCUGAAAAGCGACGCAGUGCCAAACGCUGCUCCUCCUGCAUGGACUCCACCACCUCAGCGGCGUCUUGAGCCUACUAUGACCAGAGACAUUGGGUCCCAGACUGAACCAGUCUGGUCCAGAUCUGCAGGUGUGCAGGCUAACAUGAAGCCAAUGAGGAGAAGCAAAGGCCAGAAUGCCAGGAGUGUGUCGUGUGACACAGGCACACUAAUGGAGCCUUUUACAGACUGUCCCGGGGCAACCUCUACACCAAUAAAGAGGAAAAGAUGUGAGGUGUCCACUGAUGACUCCAGCUACCAUCAAGAUGGAAGUGAGUGCACCAUGAACAGUACAAGAGUCUUUAAUGAAGUAUUACCCCACAAAGUGACUAAGUACAUUGUUUAUGAAGAUAAACUGCUGGAGCUUUUUAGAAGAUGCCCUGUCUGCACCCGGAGUUUGGUUGUUUCACAAACAACCAUUGGGACACUUCUCCGUGUCAAACAGCAAUGUGCUUACUGCGAGUACUCCAGUGAUUGGUCGAGCCAGCCAAUGGUAAACAAUAUACCAGCAGGAAACCUACAGCUCUGUGCAGCUGUUCUGUUCACUGGCUCAUCGUUUUGCCAGAUAUCGAAGUUCUUGGAUGCCUUCAAAAUCCAGGGGAUCUCUGAGCCAUGCUUCCACAAGCAUCAGGCCAAGCUCCUUAUCCCAACCAUAAACUGGCAGUGGAAGAUCGAGCAGGAUAAAGCUAUUGAAAAUGCCAUUGCUGAUGGGGCUGUGACUCUUGGUGGGGACAUGAGAGCUGAUUCACCUGGACAUUCAGCAAAAUAUGGCAGCUACACCAUGAUGGACCUCAAAGCCAAUAGGGUCAUAGACAUCCAACUAGUCCAGAGCAAUGAAGUUGGAAACAGCCAAAGAAUGGAGAAAAAGGGAUUUGAAAGAAGCCUGUCUCUUCUUGAGGAAAGAGGUGUUGUGGUCCAGUCUUUGGUGACUGAUCAUCACACAGGGGUACAGAAGUUUAUGAGGGAGCAAAAAAAGGACAUUAGACACUUCUUCGACCCUUGGCAUAUGGGAAAAGUGGCCAAGUGGAGCUCUGUAGCAAACCAUAUUCAGAACAUCCACUGCCACGAAAACACCCUGUUUCCUUCUUGUCUUCACGAGCCUCUGGUUGGUGAUCAGACAAGACACUGGCUCAAACCAAGCACAGCAGCAUGUGAAAAAUUCACAGCAAUUUUGUUGUCACCACGUCUUCUUAAAGACAUGCUCAAAAUUAGUCCAGAAUACCACACCUCUGGAAUCGAGUGUUUCCACAGCCUCAUUCUGAAGUUCUCAGCCAAAAAUGUGGUGUUCUCCUUCAGAGGAAUGUUGUGCAGACUACAGCUUGCUGCGAUGCAUUAUAAUGAAAAUGCAGGCAGAUCACAGGCAUCCACUGCAGCUGGUGAUCUGCGAUACUCAAUAGUUUUCCCAAAAUUCAAGCAUGGAGAAUUUACAGUGAGAGCUCUGAAGAGCAAUCCUACCACAGGCUACAUUGACAAAUUAAUGGAGCUGCUGUUCCACCAUGUGGUUGAAGACCCUCAGCCGUACCUGGACUUCUCUGGACAAGUUUAUUCGGCCCGACAAGGAGGAGGCAGUGAGCAGACACAGGUCAAGGUUCUUUAAAAACACAUGAGGGUAUACCCACUCUGACAGCUUGGACACACCUGUCUGUCAUCUACAACAUUCCAGAAAAAGCACUCUGAGAUUUUACUUUGUUAUAGAAGUUACCAGUGUGAUUACUGACAUGUUCUUUUCAUGUAUUCUUUAAUGUCGGUGUGUGUGUUAGUCUGGUUACAGGUAGGACUGGGCGAUAAAACGAUAACGAUAAUUAUCGCAAUAUAAUUUUUACUAGUGAUCUAAAUGCAUGAUACUGGAUGACUAAUGGUUAAUUUUAAUAAAACUCUAAGUCAGAAUAUUACAUUUUACCAAAUAAAAUUGAAGUUGUUAAUUUUUUUUUAACCGAUGUUACUGUUUUUGUUAAUGAACAUAAAUUUAACUUAGUAAAUCUGCAUCCUAACUCAAGCUAAUACUACUGUCAACUCACUGUGAAAUAUGCGUUUCGAGACAAAACAUGUAAUAUUAUUAUUGCAGCCUGCACUGCAAACUGUGCUGAAGAUACGUGCCAUCACAGUCAGGCAACACAAACCUGUUUCAAGACUUGAAACAAUAUCCCCCAUUAGCACACGCAGAAACUAAGAAAUAUAUUUUUCUAUUAAGAUAUUUAUUUUGUUAAGUAAAAAUGACAAAUGUAUUAAUGUUCUACCUGAGAUUUGUGAAAUGUUCUGACAAUAAAGAGUAGUUUAAAACCGCAAUUAAAGCUCUGGUUUCUACAACUUUCACUUAGGGGCAAACAUCUGCCUUAAAACUUGAACAUUGACAUUUAUUGUGAUUAAUUAUCGAUAUCGACUGAUAUAAAAAAAAUUAUUGUGAUAAUUUUUUGGCCAUAUCGCCCAGCCCUAGUUACAGGUUAAGGAACCACUUGCAUUAUUGGAGAUUGACUGAGUUGUCCGUCUAUCUGUAUAUGUGUGGAAAAUUACUGCUUAUCUAUUUCUUAGCCAAUGAGAAUCAUUCAACCUGUAAGCAAUGACCAAGCUUAGACCUUGGAGAUGGUAUAACUGCUGUGAUCUUUGUAACUGUAAGGGGGCGGCCUACGAACUCCUGUGUGAGUCUUGAAGCUGACUUCUGCUGAUGA